AUGUCCUCUCCGUUUCGUAUUGCCAUAUUGGAGUGCGAUGAACCGAUUGGAGAGACCAAAAGGAAAUAUGGAUCGUUUGGCAACCUGUUCCAUCUAUUGUUCGCUGCAGAUGGCGUACGCCUACAGCGAGAUAGCUCCAGAGAAGGCCCUGAAAUUGUCGAAUCCUCAUAUGAUAUUCGUCUGGGGCGGAAUUAUCCUUUGCUAGGUGACAUCGAUGCGGUUGUCUUGAGGCACCAGAUCAUCGGGCGAGCAUUGGGUGUGAUGCCGGUGAGGAACGAGAAUGGAUGGGAGGUUGCGGUCACAGAAAUCGAAAUGACAUCGAAGGGUCGACGAUUGUUCGGCUUGCCUUCCCUGGCGCUUCACCAGAUGCAUCGAGACAUGUUGCCUGCCUGUCCAGCAAACGUGGAGCUUCUGGGUUGGUCAGAGCGAUGCCCGGUGCAAGUUAUGUACCAGAAAGGCCGUCUGCUAAGUAUGCAGGGUCAUCCGGAGUACCAUAGGAGCAUUGCGGAUGAGUUGCUAGAGCGCCGCGGUCCUAUUGUGUUUGGGGAGGAAACUUACAACGAGGCUAAGUCCCGAGUACAUUUGCCGCAUGAUGGAGCCGUAAUAGCAGCGAUAAUGCUGGAAUUUCUGCUUGAAUGA